AUGUUAGAGGACGGCUUUCAGCAAGUAAUUGAGAUAAGCACGCAGCCGAUGAUAGCCUACCAUGUAAAGCAGAUUGCCGUGCAGGAAAAUCUUGGGGACCAGGAAUGGCCUUUUGUCUUGGCAACUCUUCCACGCAAAACAGUCCCUGUCAAGGAGCAGCACGAAUUCUUUCUUCUCAAUACAGUUUGUAGGCUUCAUACCCUGGGAUUUACCAUAGACUGGUCUUGCGUGAACACCACUUCUUUGGCUAAGGUAAUUCGUGAAUUUAACUAUUCUUCGUUGGAAAAAACUUCCGAUACAGAUAUUGGUAGCCUCAAACUAUAA